AUGGGAAGCAUAACAAGGGAGGAAGAAGGUGUGCUCAAGUUGGUGCGUCCGGGGAGGUGUGUGGAGGUUCACAAGGAACCAAUAACAGCUCAAGAGGUAAUGAGAAAGUACCCCAGGCACUCCAUAACUAGGCCAGACAUCUUUGAGUUCCCAUGGAUUGUGGUUAAGGCUGAAGCAGUUUUGACUCCUGGAAAAGUGUUUUUUGUAGUUCCUAACCGCACGAUUUAUCAGCUGCUUAAAGCCCGAGAGCACGGUGACCAAUAUUCUUCUUCUUCUUCCUCACAGCAGAGACAAUCUGCUAAAGAUCAUGGUCACCAUCCAGCAUCAGAACAACUAACUUCCCCACCAAAGGCAUAUGCUGGCGUGACACCGAAGCAUCAAGUGCAGAGACGAAGGCUUAAGCAUCAGUUCUUUGCUUGUGCUACUGUAAGCCCUAGUGAUGAAGAAGUUGAGCCGGACAAAGGGCUCCAAACAGAUUCCCAGGUUGGAGCUUGGCCGGGGUUGUCUUCCACAAACAAGAAAACUCACGGAAAAUCUAAACAGAAGCCACAGAUAAAUUCAAAAAAUAAAACUAGACAUGGUAGAGCAUAUGACUACAGCAAGAAGAGUAACAUUACUGCCAAACUUGCUGGUCUUGAGAUUACAGACAGUAAACAGGUCACCUUGUUGAAAUCUUGUUUAAGAAAACCCGAUACUGCUCGUAAUUCUCUUCGUCUUAAGGUAGCUUUUACCUUGCCAAACAAGGACAAGGAGCGAGUCGAGUGA